AUGCCGCUCAACGAACGAAACUCAGAGACAGACCAAAGCAACGGCGAGGACAGUCAUGUAGAAAUUUUCGACGCGACCGACCUGAUCAACGAACAUGUUGUGGUGAGAAAUUACGCGGGCAUGCUUGAACAUUUCUUCUCAGGAUUCGUAAGAUUCAAGACGCCCACGCUACCUUCAGAUAUGGAGCUUACGACUCGGAUGACCAUCACGAGGGCGCAAGCUAUAGAGAAACUGGAGCCUUACCUCACUCGCGCACGUCAAGAGAAAUUCCAAGCCAGCGUGACUGACGAACUCGCAAAGAGAAUGAGCGAAGAAAUCGUUCAAGUGAUGGACGCAGAUACGAAGACGUGGCUACGUACGUGGGCCAUCUUUGUGGACAAGCCAGACAUACUCAAAUGGGUGGAUGACGCAAAGGAUGAUAUGGAAGCACUUGAAUACACUGAGACUCGCACUCAACCUGGACGACCCAUGUGGUCGAAUGAUCCAGUAGACAUCAUCAUUCAGGACUUGCUGGAAUACGCAAGGGCUCCAGGCGUUCCAUUUGCCGUUCGGUAUGGUUUUCAAGCCGCAACAUACGCCAUCAAUCACUAUGUGAAGGCGCUGAAGGAAAAGCACCGUACGCGGCCAAACGCUGAAGCAAUGAACAAACUUGACGACGUGAUGAAUACCAUCAAAGAUGAGGGAAGCGAGACACAAGAUUUUAUCUAG